AUGACGUUGAUGAGGCACUACAGCACAUUUCAAUAUCGUAGUACUUCGUGUAAAUGUAGACGCACACGUUACCGUAACCGUUUGUCGGCGCGUUUUUACAAACGCUGCGUGACCAGAAUUGUUUUCGUAGUUGACAGCAAUGCAGUGUUGUUUAAUCGUGUCAGGAUCAAUAACUGGCAACAGGCUCAUGUGGACUCUCGCACGACCGCGAACCUACUCUGUGCGCAAUCGUGGACGAAUCUUUAUGGCAAGUUUUUAUGGCACAUACAUAUUACCAUUAAGGAAAUUUUUCCGGAAGAGUUGUAUAGGUUAAGAAGUUUCAAAAUGAUGAGUCCAGGUAAUGUAACACCUAAAUUUCGCAAUAGUUUCAAUAUAGCAACAAAAGAUAUAUUAAGAUGGUUCCCUGGACAUAUGGGUAAAGGAAUAAGACAAAUGCAAAAGCAGCUGAAAAACGUAGACUGUCUUAUUGAAGUUCAUGAUGCAAGAGUUCCAAUUUCUGGACAUUAUGCAGAUUUCACCAACACAUUAAGUGGAAUAAAACCCCAUAUUUUUGUAUUAAACAAAAUGGAUUUAAUUAAUAUGAAAUUUAAGAAUUCCAUAAUAGAGACUUUAAACGAAAAGGGAUUAUCUAAUAUACUGUUUACUAAUUUUAAAGAUGAAAAAUGCAAAGGUGCUGCAAAAUUAUUACCUUUGGCACAAAAAUUAAUUAAGGAAUCAAAUCGCUAUAAUAGAUCACAAGAGUCUUCAUUUCAAAUAAUGAUUAUUGGUGUCCCUAAUGUAGGAAAAUCAUCACUUAUUAAUCGUUUGAGAAAUAACAUUCUUCAUAAGAGUAGUGCUGCUCAUGUUGGUGCUAUUGCUGGUAUUACACGAUCUGUUUCAACACGAAUAAAAGUGUCAGAAAAUCCUGACAUUUACAUUUUAGACACACCUGGAAUUUUAACUCCCAGAGUACAUGAUAUACAUACAGGAUUAAAAUUGGCAUUAAUUGGUUGCAUGCAAGAUCAUUUAGUAGGACCAGAAAUACUGGCAGAUUUUUUGUUAUUUUUGCUAAAUAAACAAAAGCGAUUUGAAUAUGUAGAAAAAUUAGAGUUAACAGAGCCACAUGAUAGUAUAUCACAUGUUCUUAUAUAUAUUGCAGCAAAAUUUAAAAGAACUUUAAGAAUAAAGAAUUAUGAUGGUAAAAUAAUCAUAAAACCAGAUUUAAGAUUUGCAGCAGAAUAUUUUCUUUCUUUGUUUAGGAAAGGACAAUUAGGAUAUUAUUUUAAUAGAAUAAUAAGUAAUUGCUUUUAUCAAGGAAUUAAAAUUAUAGUGGCAAUGUUUGCGAGAAUGACAUUUUAUCCAACGCUUUUCUAUAAUGUAUUAAUGGAAAAAAUUUCGUCAAGAAACUGGUACGAUAGAAUUGACGAGACUGUUAUACUGGGUGCUUUACCAUUUCGAAACAUGACUAAGCAGGAGUGGGAAAAACAUAAUGUAGAAUUUUUACAAUUAUCUGUAACAGAUAUUUUUCAUUCACCUUCGCAAGAAAAGUUACAGCUCGGUGUAAAUUUUAUUAAUAAAUUUCGUAAUGUUUCGAAUGAAUCAAACAAUUCUACUAAAGCUGAUAAAACUUAUCUUAGAACUGUUUAUGUACAUUGUAAAGCAGGAAGAACACGUAGUGCAACAUUGGUUGGAUGCUAUUUAAUGAUGAAAAAUCAGUGGACUCCAGAAGAAGCAGUAACAUAUAUGCAACAAAAAAGGCCUCAUAUAUUACUACAUACACAGCAGUGGAAUGCAUUAAGAACUUUUUAUAAUAAUCACAUAGAAAAUAAUAAAUUAUUUAAAUGAAUAUGUAAUUAUAUUUAAUAUUAAUAUAUAUACAAUAAACAAAUAACAAAUACAAUAAUAAAUUAUUUAAAUGAAUAUGUAAUUAUAUUUAAUAUUAAUAUAUAUACAAAGAAAAUUUUAUUCAUA